GCGAUUUACGCUGCGUUCUUGCAUUCGCAGAUGGCUGCUGAUGCGGCCAAAGUGGCAUCGCUGGCCACUGCGUCCAGAAUUGUCAUUCUGGCGGCUCAAGCAGCACUCAACGCGGCAAUCGAGGACUACGACACGUCGGGUCCCAUUGGAGUAGUAAAUCAAUCACGGCCAGAAGUCCAGGCGGCACUGGGUGGCCUGGCAAGAUGGGAUGGCGUUUACAUGCUGCGAAUUGCGCAAAUGCAAGAAUACGAAUUUGAGCAAAUUUCAGCCUUCUUUCCACUCUACCCGGCGAUCGUCCAUGCUGUUGGAUGGAUGUUGGGUGGAUCAGCGUCAUCUUUGCUGAUCGCGGCAGCUUUCGUCUCGAAUGUCUGCUUUGUUAUCGCCACAAUCGGACUGUUUCUUCUGUCAAAACGCGUGCUCAACACUGACAGGCAUGCCGGAAUCGUGGCUGCGCUGUUUAUGCUCAAUCCCGCAAACAUCUUCUUCUCGGCUGCCUACACGGAGAGCUUGUUUGCCGCUCUUACGUUUUGGGCCUUUUACUUUGCCGAGCGCGCUUUCAAUCCUGUGCAAAGCAGGCGAGCAUGGUUGUGGCAUGGGACUUGCGCAAUCACCUUGGCACUCUCGUCCCUCAAUCGGGGCAAUGGCAUGGUCUCCGUCGCGCUCCCGUUGUUCCUGCUCGUCUCGCAACUUCGUCACAACCUGCUCUACCAACCCCAGCGGCGUCGUGUUCGACUCGUGCUGGGUAAUCUCCUCCUUGCCUGCUUUUAUGUGACUUUUGCCGUAGGGCCGUUUCUGUGGUGGCAGUAUCGCUCCUACCAUGAGUUUUGCACAAGCCCCGAAGCUACGCGUCCCUGGUGUAGUCAAUCCCUGCCUUUCAUUUACAGUUUUGUUCAAGAGCACUACUGGAAUAACGGGUUUUUGAGAUACUACGAGCUCAAGCAAGUGCCAAACUUUGUGUUGGCUCUACCAAUCCUUGUGCUUGCGUUUGCAACGGUGGGCAACUUUGCACUUACUACGCUUGCGGAGGGUCGAUUGCGGGAUUUUGUUCUUCAAGGCCGGACGUUUCAGUUCGCACACUGCAUUUGGAACUCGGCCACAUUCCCAUAUAUUGUGCAGUUGAUGGCUAUGAGUCUACUUGGUUUGUUGUUCAUGAAUGUGCAGGUCUUGACUCGGUUCUUAUGCGCCAGUUGCCCGGCAAUCUUCUUUGGAGCAGCAAACAUUGUGCAACCAAUCAAACUCCGCACGAACAACACAAAAAACACCACGCACUCAGUCAUGGCACAUCCAACUGGCAUUCCCGGUCUUCAAGCCAUCGCUCUUGUGGCGUAUUUUGUCCUGUACUCGAUGCUGGGCUGCCUACUCUUCCCAAACUUUUACCCUUGGACUUGAUCGGCAGCAGUAGUGGGCUAUUCGUCUAGCAGCUCCUUGUGUGAAAGCAACCACUGCAAUAAAACAAAUAACCAUGAG